AUGCUGCGGUUUCAGAGGGGCACAGUUAAGGAGAGUUCUUCCGCCAAGCUUGCUAGUACGAGUCGUAACGGGCCGGAGAGCUCAAUUUUAGAUCCACAUCAUUCGGUGAUGGAGCUUUUACAAAGGCAAAUGGAAGGUAGUGAAGUUCCAAGUGAGUCUGGUGUACUUGGUGAGUCCUGGCAACAGAUUCGGGAAUCUGAUGUAGGCGAUGGUGGCGACAGUAACUUUGAUCAGCAAUCAAAUACUUCAGCUAUUUUGUCUUCAUCUAGUGAAGCAUCUGAAGAUGAAGAUCUAGAUAUACAACAACAGCUUCUUGGAGGUCAACAAGAAUACAAGAACUUCCAUAUGACUGCAGAGGAACAACUUCAGGAACAAGCACAAGGACAAGGGUUUGGCAGGCCUUCACUGCUGAAAGGUACACAGUCUCGGUUAUCAGAGCAGGACUCUAACCGGUCUGGAUCGGUGAGAACUAUCGUAGAUAAAGGGAGUUGCUCAUCAUCUCUUGAUGAGCAUGAAUUGAAUUCAAUAUUUACUAGCGACUCGAUGAGCCUGACUAAGAGUACAGGGUCGUCAUCAACUUCAUUUGUAAUGCCAAAGUUAUCGCUGACUUAUAAACCAUCGCAGGCCAAAAAAUUAUUGGUGGUAGGUAGACUGAGCAAGAGGUUUCACCAGGACAUCCCAAGGGAAUAUAGACAAUACUUCCAUAUAUCUCAAAGCUCCGACCCCAGUGAGUUUCAGAAUUACAUUGGCAUCGUAAUUGUGUUUCAAGAAUUAAAAGAAUUUGUUGCUAUGCUGAACAGAAUUGUCCAAUACACGGACAAAAAACCAAUAAUACCAAUCUGUCAACCAGGACAAAGAAUUAGGGUCAAGAAUAUUCUGAAGUCGUUUUUAAAAAAUGAUGCUAUAACACUAUGGUAUCCGCCGGUCACGAUAGCAAAUGAAAAAAGCAUGGAGAAACUAUUCAAGCACACAGUUAAGCUAGUGAAUAAGCUAGAGAAUGAAGAAGACGUGCUGAGCUUGUCUACUUCAGAUAAAUCAUUAUCAGACGAAACCAGCGGUUACAGGAAGAACAACAGAAGAAAGAAACAUGGUGGCAAACCAAGUACCAAUUACAGUAAGUGGAUAACAUGGGGUAUAUCUCUUACAAUCGGUGUUAGUAUUGGUUAUUACGCGACAUAUAUGAUAACCACUACAUUACUCUAUGGUAAGGCAGAAUCACACCACGCAAAUGAGGCAAAGGGAUUCUCAAUCACCAAUGGUAACUCCGGCUCGUCGUCAAUAUCACAUUCUACAGAAUACUACGAGAGUACUAUAAGCCAAAAGGGCUUGUUAAGGAACACCAUUGUGUUUAUAAAACGUACCAUCCACAACCUUAACGGGAAAGUUGGUACAUUCUUUGCCUCCAUCACUCAAGUUAUAAAACAGACCCCAGUACGUGAAGACAACCAAUUCUAUACACUAGGGUAUAUGCUCUCUUAG